AUGCUUUUUAUCAUCCCAGAGAAAAAGAUUGUGAAGUUAAAGUCAGUUUUGACUGGUCUUAUUAACGAAUUUCCUAACCUUCGUGUUAGGGACGUAGCUCGUGUUUCUGGAUUUGUGAUUUCCCUUUCUGUUGCUUUGGGGCCUAUUGCCAGAUUAUUUACUAGACAGAUGUAUUUUUUCAUUCAAUUGCGACAUUCGUGGGAUGAUGUACUUGUUGCAACUGAAGGAGUUUUACAUGAAUUAAAAUUUUGGUUAAUGCAUGUAGAAGCGUUUAAUGGCUAUCCUAUAAAUAGACCUUUGUCGUCUACCGUGGUUUUAACCUGCGAUGCCAGCGAGUCUGGUUAUGGUGCUCACAUCUCUUUUGGUGGCGAACGGAGGUUUUGUUCCGGAACGUGGAGUUCUGUUGAGCGUGCUAAGAGCUCUUCUUUUCGUGAGUUACUGGCUGUUUACUUAGCCUUGAAAAGCUUUCAGAUCUUUAUUAUUGGUAAGAAGGUUAAGAUCUUUUCAGAUAAUCAGAACGUUGUUCGUAUUGUACAUGCUGGGAGCAGUAUCAUUCACUUGCAGCAGAUUGCUGUCGAUAUUUUUAGUUUUUGUAUGACUAACAGCGUGUCUUUUCAGGCUCAAUGGAUUCCCAGAGGUGACAACGAGCUGGCCGACUAUUUGAGUCGCAUCGUCGAUCCUGAUGACUGGAUGUUGCAUCCUGAUUUGUUUAAGUUGAUUACAUUUAAGUGGGGUCCUUUUGAUGUUGACAGGAUGGCGUGCAGUUACAAUACUCAUUUGCCUCGUUUUAAUUCUAAGUUUUGGUGUCCUGGUACUGAAGCAGUGGACUGCUUUACGCAGGAUUGGGGGAAAGAAUGUAACAAUUUUGUUUGUCCGCCUCCUCACUUAAUUAGCGCAGUAUUAUAUCACAUGGAAUCGUGUAAGGCUAAAGGUACUCUUGUUGUGCCAGAGUGGAAAUCUGCGCCUUUUUGGCCAUUGCUAUGUUCUUUUGAUCGUUCGCUUUUAUUUCAAGACUUUGUUAAGGAUUUUUGUUAUUUACCUAAAUCUGGUGAUAUGUUUAUUCCUGGUAGGGGUUCAUCUUUUGUUUAUUCUAACAAAAGGUCCGUUUUUUCGUGCAUGCCCAGGUUUAAUGUUCUCGCUCUUCGUCUGGAUUUCUCCUGCUAAGCGCGUUAUUUUCGAUUUGUCGAUUACACGUAUGUUCCUUUUUUAUUUGUUUCUUCAUAUAGAUGUUUUUCAAGCUGGAUUGUGGUCUCAGAGGUUUCAGCCUUUGCCUAACAAGUUGAAAGGCCUGGCCGACUCUCUUCCUGCUUUUGUACUUUGCUCUAAAGCCACGUCUUCCAAUGUUAAGUAUAAAAAUGCAUGGCUUAAUUGGAAAAAAUGGGAAAAGGAUAAUGUAGGUUAUAAUCAGUUCCCCGUUUCUCCUUUUUUGUUUUGUUUAUAUCUAAGAGAGAAAGUUGAAUCAUGUAAUUCUCCUGCACCUAUUGAAGCUGCUUUUUAUGCAGUUAGGUGGGCUCAUGAAAUUGCCGGAGCUAGUUCUCCAACCGAAUGCAGUCUGGUUAAACAAGUUUUGGAAGCUUCUAAACGUUUAUUGGGUAAACCUGUUCAAGGGAAACAAUCUGUUGACGUUGACUUAGUCACUAAAGUUGCAGAAAAAUUUAACACUCCUCAGGCUUCUAUUUCUAACCUUAGAAUCUGUUUUAUAUUUAUUAUUGCUUUUGCUGGUCUCAUGCGUUGUGACGAAGUUAUUCGCAUCAACAGAAGUCAUAUUUCUAUUUUUUCUGAUCAUAUGUCAAUUUUUUGUCCUAAGCGUAAGAAUGAUCAACGUUCUCAAGGGCAUUUCUUUUAUUUUGCAAGGUCAGGCAAGAUUACUUGUCCUGUUUCCAUCACUGAAAAAAUGUUAUCUAAAUUGCCUGAUAAUCCUGUUCAGCCUUUAGUUUGCAGACUUUCAUCAAAAGGCACUGCCCUUCAACAUUCUAUCUCUUAUUCUAGAGUUAGG